AUGGUAGACCAAGGAACAAAGUCUCUUUUGGAGUACGGUAUCCCUGAUACAACUACCGGACUCCUUUCUAGCAUUUUCAGGCCACCUGUGACGGCUCAGCAUUUUGAGCUUAAGCCACAAUUCAUUCAAUUUAUCUCCAAUGAUUCAUUCGCAGGCCUACCGCAUGAUUGUCCGGUAAGUCAUAUUGAUAGUUUUCUGGAGAAAUGUGAUACUAUGAAAAUGAAUGGUGUUACAGAUGAUGCUAUUAGACUUCACCUUUUCCCUUUUUCACUACGGGAUAGGGCGAAGGAAUGGUUGAGAGAUGAAGGCACUGGCUCGUUUGAUACAUGGGACAAGCUAGUGAAAGCUUUCCUGGUCAAGCAGUCAGAUGAGGAGUCCCUUUAUGAAGCAUGGAGGAGAUUUAAGCGAUUGCAGAUGCAAUGCCCUCACCAUGGUAUUCCUGAAUGGAUGUUGAUUCAAACCUUCUAUAAUGGCCUAACCCAUGAGUUUCAAAUCUACAUUGAUGCUGCAUCAGGGGGUUUUCUAUUGACAAAGAACCCAACUGAGGCAAAGGAGCUGAUUGAGAAGAUGGCGGCCAAUGAUAAUUAUCAUCCAGGAGGUCGUCAGAAUGUGAAAAAAGGAGGUAAGCUUGAUGUAGAUGCUUUGACUAUGUUAGCCAGUUCUGUGCACGCACUAACAAGCAGGUUUGAUAAGCUCCAAGCUGGAACUUUAACUAGCUCCCAGGAGGUGAGUCGUUUAUCAACUCUUCAUGAUCAAGAAAAAGUCCAAAAGGAACAAUGCAAUGCAGUUUUCUUGAGAAGAUCGAAUGAAUUAUUUUCGAGGAAAAUAGAUGAGAAAGUGUGUAGUGUGGAGUCAAGAAAAGAUGAAAAGUGUGAGGAUGUAAAAAGUCCCAAAUAUGUUGCUCCACCGGUCUAUGAGGAACCGAUGCCCUUCUCGCAAAGGUUGUCAAAAGCCGUGCUCGAUAAACAUUUUGGAAAAUAUUGCUUGACUCUUAAAAAGGUACAUGCUUCCAUUCCUUUUUCUGAUCUUUUAAUUCAAAUGCCUCAAUUUGCAAAUUUUGUGAAGGAAAUUAAAGAUCAACAUGAUGAUAAGGAAGUAGUAUAUGAGAAAUGCUCUACUCUUUUACGUGAUAGCCUACCACCUAAGCUGCAUGAUCCUGGUAGUUUUACUAUUCCCUGUAUGAUAAACGAAAUAUUUUUUGACAGGGUCUUGUGUGAUUUAGGUGCUAGUGUAAAUUUAAUGCCUUAUUCAUUAUAUGAAAAAUUAGGUUUGCAAAAACUUAAACCUUCCCCUAUUUCUCUUCAAAUGGCUGAUAAGAUUGCUAGACUCCCUGAAGGUGUGGUUAAGGAUGUAUUAGUUAUGGUUGGUGAACUUGUUUUUCCUGUUGAUUUUGUUGUUAUGGAUAUGAAAGAAGACCAUAAGAUCUCGAUUAUAUUUGGUCGCCCAUUCCUUGCCACAAGUCAAGCUCUAAUAGAUGUUCCUAAAAGACAAGUGACCAUUAGGGCCCAGGAUAAACAAGUAGUGUUUAAGCUCUUUAAUGAACAUAAUUUUAUAUUUGAUGGUGGUACUUGUUUAAGAAUUGAUGCUACUAACCCUUUGGUUGAUAAGUGUGUAUGUGAUAGAAAUCUUGUGAGAAACGAGGAUAAUAUUCCACCAAAUGAUGUGUUUAGCUACAUGAAAGUAAGUUCGGAUACAAAGCAUGUCAAAUAUAAAAUGAAGGAGUCAUUUGGACACGGAUAUUUUUAUGGGCAACAUCGCGGAGUUUCUUCUUUGUGUGGUGACCCAGGCUGA